GUGACGUGGACACGGAAGUGGUCGUCGUCGCGGCGGCACCGGUGGGAGCGGGGCGCGGGGCUCAGAGUGCAGCGGGCGGUCGGGCGGACGGCGGCGUCUCGCACCUGCGGCGGCGGCGGACGCAGGCGUUGUCGGUUGGGUGCGAGUCCGCUGAACCGACGAGCGGCUUCUCAGCGCCUCUCCUGCCCGUCGGAGCCCCGGAGCCGGCACCGCUCAGCCGGCGUCACCAUGACCAAGGCCGGCAGCAAGGGCGGGAACCUCCGCGACAAGCUGGACGGCAACGAGCUGGACCUGAGCCUCAGCGACCUGAAUGAGGUCCCCAUCAAGGAGCUGGUUGCCCUGCCAAAGGCCACCAUACUGGAUCUGUCCUGCAAUAAACUGACUAGUCUACCGUCGGAUUUCUGUGGCCUCACACACCUGGUGAAGCUGGACCUGAGUAAGAACAGACUGCAGCAGCUGCCGGCAGACUUUGGCCGUCUGGUCAACCUCCAGCACCUGGAUCUCCUCAACAACAAGCUGGUGACCCUGCCCGUCAGCUUUGCCCAGCUCAAGAGCCUGAAGUGGCUGGACCUGAAGGAUAACCCCCUGGAUCCUGUCCUGGCCAAAGUGGCAGGGGAUUGCUUGGAUGAGAAGCAGUGUAAGCAGUGUGCCAACAAGGUGUUACAGCACAUGAAGGCCGUGCAGGCUGACCAGGAGCGAGAGAGGCAGCGGCGGCUGGAAGUAGAACGAGAGGCCGAGAAGAAGCGGGAGGCCAAGCAGCGAGCUAAGGAGGCGCAGGAGCGGGAGCUGCGGAAGCGGGAGAAGGCGGAAGAGAAGGAGCGCCGGAGAAAGGAGUACGACGCCCUCAAAGCAGCCAAGCGGGAGCAGGAGAAGAAGCCGAAGAAGGAAGCAAAUCAGGCUCCGAAAUCGAAGUCCGGCUCUCGCCCCCGCAAGCCGCACCCCCGGAAACACACCAGGUCCUGGGCCGUGCUGAAGCUGCUGCUGCUGCUGCUCCUGUGUGUGGCCGGCGGGCUGGUCGCCUGUCGGGUGACAGAGCUGCAGCGGCAGCCCCUGUGCACCAGCGUGAACACCAUCUACGACAACGCGGUCCGGGGUCUGCGCAGCCACGACAUCCUGCAGUGGGUGCUGCAGGCCGAUUCUCAGCAGUGAGCCUGUCCUCCACACCUGCUGCCUCCCAGCCUUGGAGCUUGGAUUCCUAUGGAAUUGGGUUCUGCUGGACACAACCUCUUUUUAGCGUCCGACCUACCUGCCAUCAUCAAAUGGCUGCCGAUUGGUACUUGAGAUCCCCUCUUUGUAGGACUUCUCCGUUCCUUGGUCAGGGUCCCCUGGCGGAAUAAGAAGUGAGACGUGGGGACAGUUACCUGCAUGCCUAAAGGAAUAGGCUUGGGGUGGGGAGAGGGAAAAACGGCCUUUUCUAGUUGUUCUACAAAGCUGUGUAAAGGCAAGGCUCGUUUCUACUAAACGGUCAGGUCAGCUGUCACUACAUUUAUACUUUUGUAUGUCACAAACCCUUUCUUUCAUUCCUCCCUGGGCAGCCAGGGCAGAUCAGGAGGCAGUGUGAUUGGGGACUACGGGAACACCAUACUCGGCAAAUCUAGCCUAAAUUGGGAGGGGGGGGGGGGGAUACCUAUUUUCUUAAGGACCUCAGACAUUUUUAAUGACCAUAUAAAACCUCAGGCUGUGAAAGGGACUUCAGGACCACCCAGUCCAAUAGAACACUUGCAGACAGGGAAACUGAGGCCUUCGGUGACUUGCCUAUGGUCUCCCAGCUAGUUGAGGCAGAACUGAACUCCUGCUCCAGUAUCCUCUCUCUCUUGUCAUUUUGCUUCCAUAAUAAUGUCAGGAGAGAACAGAAGUCACACCAGAACUGAGUGUCUCUCAGCUGGAGUGUAAAAUCUUUGACGGUAGGCAAGCUUCAUGUCCCACAAAUAGAAAUCUCAUAGCCAUGAGGGUCCUGGCAGCUCCUGUAGAGCCCUGCCCCCCGGCUCAUGUGGCUUUCGCAAAAUGGGGACGGCCCAGGCUCCUUGCCUCAAUUUUAGAGCAUUAACUCCCUGAUUGCCAGUAAACAACGAGGUGGACCAUUGCAAAGCCAUAUUGUCUCGGGCAGCUGUUGGUAGUUGGUGCGACAAAGUAAGUCAAAGUCAACCUGAAAAUUCCAAAGUUUCAUGGAGAUGGACGUCUAGAAUUGUUUGGGUCGAGACCUAGAACCACCUCCGCAAUGAAGGGAAGCGAGUGGCACCACGGAGUUUAAAAGUGGUGCACUUCCUAAUGACCGGCACAGACGGGCAGGACUGUCCAUCCUCUUGUCUCCCAGAUUAUGCCUCUGCUUGCUCUGUGGCCUCCUUGGCCUCUCUUUUUCACAAAAGCCGGAUGAAGGAAAAAGAAAUGGUCAUCAUGGUGCUCAUUCACUGAAAGGUCCCAGUUACCAGCUUCUUGUCUCUCCCUCAGGGGAACAAGAACCUGUCAUGGUUCAGAGACAGAGUGAGGUCCAGGGUUUUUAGCCUUAGUGGCUCAUUUGGAUAGGAUGGCCACUUAUGACCGUCCUAUUGGAAGAAGUGACUUGUUCCUUUCUCCCUCCCCAGAUAGCUCUGCUGCAAAAGCCCAUACCUUACUCAGAAUCACUACACAUUCCUUAGUCUUCCUCCAAGCUCCAGAGCCAUUGGUACAAAUGCUUUAUUGAAACUAAACAGUACGUGACAUGAGAUUAAGAGGAUAUGGAAGUCCCCACACAGGGGCUGGUUGAGGCGGCUUCAGUGGGUGUAGGAAGGCAGGGCACACCCGGCCCUAGUCAAGUCAACCCGCUGAGGGAAGUUCACUCAUGAUCUCGAGAUUUGAUGCUGAGGUUCUUCUGGAUUUCUACAAUUAUUAAAUAUGUGUCUGAGUGGUC